GCAUACUUCUUAUUACUUAUUAGUUAUUAUGUCAAAAUGUGACGAUCAUUUGCAGCAAGAAUCAGAUAAGUCCAUUUACUAUAAAUACUAUACUUGUAGGUAAUAUACAAAUAACGGACUAAUCUGGUUGUUGCACGGUCCAAAUUGUGGAACUUUUUGUUUUUAUAUAAUUUUGUGAAAAUGUGAAUUUUUGAAAUAUGGACUUAUCUGGUUUUUGCAGCAAGUAAUUAACUUAAGAUAUUUCCAUGACGUGUAUCGGAUGGUUUUAAACGUCAAAAAGUUAAAAAUGAGUGAACCCUGGUUUGUUCUAGACGUUCUGGUAUAGCAAUGUAAAUAUUGUAUCUUCGUUUUAUGUUAUGGGCUCUGUAUGAUGUGUCGUCCACUAAUGGUUUUUGAUAUUUGUGGCGUUUGAUCCCACCACUGAAGUGUAAUUUACAAUCGAUUAAAUAUUUAAAAAAAAUUUAACGGUUCCAUCGAAACGGAUGGGUAUAACCCGAGUAUUCGGCGCCACUGUCUGUGCCAAGUAAAAAACUCAUCGUCAUAAUCUUAGUGUCACGUUAGAUAUAUUUUAUAAUAAUGUACCAAUAAUCAAUAAUAUAUUAUAAUAAUAUUAUGUGUUUGUAUGAAAUUGUUUACUAUUUUUAAUUUUUGCCACGAGUGUCGUGGCGUGGUCUGUCUCAGCGUGGAAGACAAAUCAAUAUUCUGAAGUAUUGUUGUUGGAUUUUUUCGUCGUGUCUGUGCUGCACACGGGGAAUGAAAUGUUUAGGCCAAUCAAUUUGUUUAUUCGGUGAUGGUGGUGUGCGCUCAUUGUCCUUAAAAUAGUAUGAAAACACGGAGGCAGUGCGCAUGUUGCUGAGGAAUCACGUGAUUUACGCAUCUACAGGGUGAGCCGCUGUGUCUGAGUCUCGACCGAAAGGCCAUAUUCCCAGACCUCGGAAUGACAACAGGAAAAAGCUUAAACACUAUACGUGAACCGUCCACUUUGUAUAAUACACAUUAUAUUAUUAUUUAAUAAUGUUAAAAUAUAUUUUAUUAUUGUAGUGGGCUCGACGAUCACUGCGGGGAGUGGUAUAAUUGAGUUUAACACUGUGUGACAUGGUGCAUAUAAUAUAUAGUAGGUAUGUAUAUCAUUUAAACGCAGUUUGAAUUGUAUAGGUAAAUUGAAAAGUGCUUUUAUGAAUUCACGAUUACAUUUGCUAUGAAUAGUGAUCAAUUAUACAAGUUGAGCAUUUUAAUCUGCUUGAAAGAUAAUUUAUUUUAUAUUAUUCAUUGUGUUUUCAAAAUGACGACAAAAUGGUGAAAUUCACAUCAGAUCUAUUCCCGACUAAAUCCCGACGAUAUUUGGCUAAAUGUAGCGUUACCCAUUCGAAAUUAUUGUAACGAAAUGUCAUUAAUUGCUACCAAAUUAAAAUUAAUAAUACAAUAAUAGCUUGCGUGCAGCUGGAUGUGUCUGUUUAUUAGUUUGGUUAUUAUAACAUUACAUAUCACUACAAUACAAUAAUAUAAUGGUAAUAUCAGUUUACGAAAAAAAAGAAAUGUGUAUACAAUAUUAUUGUAAGUGUAUAGGAAUAAAUGUAAAUGAAUAACUGUCAAAGUGCCUUUACUGGAAAGCUUCUUAAAUCCGUCAUUCAAGCAAUAAAUCGUUCGUCACUUUGUUUUAUUUGAACCUAACUGAUUGCGGAUUAUAUUAAAAAAAAAAAUGAAAAAUGAAAAAUGUAAUAUUAAAACCGACAAUAACGGAGAAAAUGAGAAUUAUCGUGAAGAUUCGCUCAGAAUGUUUUUAAUGUAAUAAUUUAUAAUCGCUUGCAAUUUAAUAACGACAAAUAAUAAGAAUAAUACUACUAUAUAUAUAUAUAGAACAUUGGAACGCACUGAAAUUAGCAAAAUUCUUCAAUAUAAUACCAUCACUCAUCAGCAACCAUUUUUUACAUCCGUACUACUUUUUAAAUUAAUCGUUAAUCAUAUUUUUUACCUUUACUACCUAUAAAUAUGCUUUCGACUCAUCGACCCAGGCACUAUAUAUAUACCUACGCUGUUUAUCUAUGUGUGAAUCCACCGAAUUUAUUAUUAUAUAUAAUCGUUUCGGUUUUUAAGGCAAAUAUUUAUUUUGCCGAUGUUCAAUGUCACAGUCAAUGAUUUGCAUUAGUAUGCGGAGUUAAGGUAAAUAAUCUAAAAUGUAAAUUCAAUAAUGUUUGCAUUUAAUACAAAUGUAUACCUCUAACGGGGACUAGAUGAAUGAUGACGGUAUAGUUGAUGCAUUUUAGACUGUUAUAGGUAAGGUACAUUGGCUGUGUGAUAGGUUGGAUUUAAUAAUGUACACGAUAAAUUCGGUCCGAAUCCCUCGACUAGUGCCACAUCGAAUCAUUAUAAUACUAUUCACAAGAAAUAUCCAACGUAUAUACGCAAAAUUAUUUAAGACUUAAUUAGCAAAUACAUACUCGUUUCAAUGACACGCACGUCAAUCAAAAUAAUAUAUUUGACAUUAUUAUGGACUCUAACCUGCCCGUUCCUACAAUGUUUCUCUCCGCCGAAUCCAUUAAAUUACAUAGCUCUUUUGACAAGCAUUCAAUCACUUCAAGCUAUUUCAUUAAAAGUAUCCGAAGAGAGCUACGACAAAAUAAACGAAGCGCUUCAAAACAAUCCUAAUCUGUUAAAGCAAUUAAUUGCUCAAUCUGGAAAUUCAAAGUCAAAAUUGUCAUCGUUACCUCAGGAAGUUCCGUUAAUGAAUGGAGUUUCAACAAUUUUUCCUCGUUUUGGUGAAGGAAUAUAUUCCGUUCAAAAUCCUGUAACCAUAGCAUUACCGAAAGAAAUUACAUCUAAUGGUCAGAAAUAUGUAUUGACUAAUAGAUUACAGAGACUUGGAAAUUUCUUUAAAAAAGUAACUUCAGCAAUAACAUCGCCAAUAUCAAGUUCAUUUAAAUAUUUAAAAAAUGUGAGUCAAGAUCAAGGAGUUCUACCAAAUAUACUAAAAUCGAUUUCAGGUAGAUUAAAGAUUGGCAAUGGAAAUGAAGAAGAUGAAGAAGAAGAAGAAGAAGAAAUACCGAAAAAAUCUAAAAAAAAGAAGAAUAAAAAAAUAAAAAUAAGUAAAAAAAAAGGUACAAAAAAGAAGAAAGCAGAAGAAGAAGAAGAAGAAGAAGACGAAGAAGAAGAAGAAGAAGAAGAAGAAGAAGAAAAGGAAGAAGAAGAAGAACGACCAAAUAAAUCCAAAAACAGAGGUACAAAAAAGAAGAAGGCAGAAGAAGAUGAUGAUGAAAAAGAUGAUAAAGAAGAAGAAGAAGAUGAAGAAGAAGAAGAACGACCAAAUAAAUCUAAAAAAAAAGACUCGAAAAAGAAGAAAGAAGAAAGUGAUGAAGAUGAUGAAGAAGAAAAAGAAGAAGAGAAAGAAGAAAAAGAAGAAAGUGACGAAGAAGAAAAAGAAGAUGAAGAAGGAGAUAAAGAUAAAGAUGAAGAAAAAGAUGACGACGACGAAGAAGAAAAAGACGAAAAAGAAGGAGAUGAAGACGAAAAAGAAGAAGAGGAAGAUGAAGAAAGACCAAAUAAAUCUAAAAAAAAAGACUCGAAAAAGAAGAAAGAAGAAAGUGAUGAAGAUGAUGAAGAAGAAAAAGAUGAAGAUGAAGAUGAAGAAGAUUAA